AACAAAUUAAAAACAAUUUAUUCAUUCCAGCGACCGUGAAGAAGCACAAAACCCAACGUCUCCAAAUGAAAAUGUUGAAACACAAAAUUAUUCCACUGAAAACGCCUCGAUUAAGAUUCACUAUCGAAAGCUAGACGGGAAAUACUUUAAGAACACACCCGUCAGAAAGGAGCCACUUGGGGCUGAACAAGAAAAAUGGAUGAAGAAGCAGUUGAUAAAAAAAAUUGUAGAUAUGGGAGAGAUGAUGAUUCCAGGAGAGAGAUGUCACAGAGACGAACUUCAUCUCUGUCAAAAGAGAAGAGACAUAAAGGAGAGCAUGAACAGAAGGAAAUAAAUCGAAGGCAGCAGAAGACCAUUGAGGCACAAAAAAUAAGUACAAAAUUUCGGCCUGUUUGGCCAGUUCUGACCAAAGAAGCAAAGAUCAAUGAAUCCGAUAAAGACAUUGACAACACAAUAUCCAAUAUUGUUAUCAUACAAGAAGGAUUAGUAACAUAUUCCCACAAUUGUAUGACAGUAUGUUGUAUGACAAGAGAUGGUGACAGAAAUAAUGUUCAUUGCCCAUCUUCUGUGACCGAUUUCACCAGAAUCAGUCAAGACAUGGUUCUAGCAACCAUCCCCUUCCGGAAAAUGAUUCUUUCAAUUAGCCCCACAAGUUUUAAGAUCAAAACGAUGCAACUUGGAUUAUAUUUAGUGUCUUACUUUGAACAUUCUACAAUUAUAGGUGUAGAAAUGUUUGGUAAGACCAUUUACUGCAUUGAUUGGGAAGAAAAUAGAAUAAAAUAUGAAUUCAUUACCAAAGAAUCACCUACAGAUAUUGCUGUAGGAGCUCAAAAUAAACUCUUAUUAUCCUUUUCCAGUAUAAACAGAAUAAUUUGUUAUAAUGUGGAUGGUCAACAGUUAUGGGAGGUAGGAACCUACAUGCUGGACAUCCCUAGUAAAAUCUCACUGUACCAAAGCUAUUUCUAUGUCCUCCAAGGACAUAUUAUUUAUAGAAUUUCAGCGAAAGGUGGUGUGACAAAGAGAGACAUUGGCAGGAAAUGCCGCUCUAUAUCUGUUGGUAAAGAUACCAUUUUGGUAAUAGACUGCUUUGGCAUAACUCAUGCCAUUAGAACAAAUAAAGACUUUUGGCCCAAGCUGUCAUACAACCACCAGCUACAUACCCCCAGUUUGAAACACCAUAUCUAUAUUGAAGAUUGCUAUAACAUUACAAAUAUUCUACCUAUGUCUACAUCUUCAAUAUUAAUAGUCUGUAGGAAUAAGAAAGCUAUGUUAUUUACUGAUACUGGGGAAAUAAUUAGCCAAAAUAAUUUAACUUUCCUUGAGACACCUUCUGUCUUUUGUAGAAUAAACUCAAGCAGAUUUCUGGUCCUUUAUCGUGAAAUGAAAGGACUUCAGUAUAUCACCUGUCCUGAACUAAGCAAAGGCCCUUUAAUAAAUGUCCACACUGAUUACAUUAAAAUAUGUCACAUUGUAUCAAAUAAGUGUUUAGCUCUGACCACCAGUAAAAACAAAAACGAGGUACAUAUCCUAUUGAUCAAGGAUGACAAAAUUGACAUUAUAGAAAGAAUUUCUCUGGGACAUUAUAAUGUCACCAUUGCUGCAACUCCAAUUAAUUUUGUAGUCUUAGAUGGAAGGGAAAAUAAACUGGUUUUUUAUUCAACAUUCAGUGAAGAACUUUUUGAAAAAUACCUUCCAUUCUAUGGCUACCCUCAUGACAUCUACUCUGAUAAUGUUUAUUUUUAUGUCCUAUUCAAGCGACAAUCAACUGUGAUAUGUUACGAUAUAUAUGGAGAAAUUAAAUGGCAGUGGAAAGUACCUUUCUCUGUUCACCCUCACAUUGCAAUUUUCCAAGGAACUGUUUAUGUCCCGGAUGUUGAACUCAACAAGGUUCUUUUUUACAAGUUUCAUGACUUCUCUGGCUGUUGUUUACAUAUGAAAAAUCCUUAUAUCAGAAAUCUAAAUCUACGACUCAAAGAUAAAGAGAAUGACAAAGUUGUCAUUGCUGAAAUAUGUCAUCUGACAAAUGGACAGUUGGUGGUGUCUGACAUUAACAAUGAUUGUCUAUUAUACAUUUCUAAUGGAGGAGACAUUGUGUCCAGAUUAUCUCUGCCAUCUACAGCUACAGAUAUAUGUAGAUGGGAUUCUAAUCAAAUAGGUGUCACAUUACCCCUAGAGAAACAAUUAAGGGUCAUCGGAAACCUAUCAAAGACAAUUAGAAGUAUAUCGUUUAGUCAGCCUUAUGUACGGGUGUGUAAGAUGGGUGAAGGUGAAAUUGUUUGUUAUUCUGAUAAACCAUCACAUUUAGAUAUUUUAGCCAUUAAAUAUCAUAAUCAAGUUGAAACAAUUAAGACAAUUAAUAUUCCUUUUUUUGUGAAAUCAUUAUCAAUACAAAAGGAAACACGAAAGCUAUUAAUUGUUAUUAAGGGUAAAGCUUUUCAGUUCAAAACUACAAUACGUGGUGGUGGUGGUGGUGGUCCUCGGCUUUGUAGUAUUAAGAUGGACCCUAGUGUUUUACUGUCCCAAGUGAAACGCCCCACCAAUCUCUAUGGUGGAUCUAUUGAUAAAUUAUUUGUUUAUCUGAUAGAGAACAGCUGUAUAUUUGCUAUAAAUGAUCAUAAUUUGUUGGUUAAUGAUCUCAUUACAAGUAAUCAACUAAAUACUCAUUUUGACUUAGUAGAUAUAUUUUCAAGAAAGAUUUGUGUCAGUGAAAUGUUAUCUUCUAUAUCAUAUCUACAGGAUCUGACAGUUUCUGAUAAAGCAAGACAUAUUCAUCUCCCUCAGUGUUCGGGAGACGAAGAACCGAUGGAGAUUGACUGUUUGGUUAUUACUGAAAAUAACCUGAUUGCGGGAUGCGACAAGGAUAAUACAAGCAUUAAGAUAUUCACAUUUGACGGUCAACUUUUGGAUUCUCUCAAACUGAAAGUUUAUGAAUUUAUUAAAAUGUGUCAAUGGAAGUCAAACACACUGGUUAUUACGACUGGGGAUUAUUCUGGUAAUAAAUACCAACUGUUGACAUUAAAAGUAGACUUCCCAUUGUCUGUGUUACUUUACCAGACGAGAAAUGAAUAUAAAUGUAUCGCUUCUUUAUCAAACAAUCAGAUGGUUUGUAGUAAGUUAAGAGAUGAAUGUCAUUUGUAUUUCAUUGAUAUUGAUGAAAUACAUUUCACUGUGAAUGAAAUAAAACAAAUAGACAUACCUGAAACAUUAUUAACGAGAGACAUAGAUGGAAAUUGUAUUAAUGUCAUCGACGAUAUUACAGUUAACGUUGAUGUCAUCAUUGUUCGCAACGGAAAAUCCAUCAUUUUUUUCAACAGUGAUGGUCAAUAUUUACAUACAGUUACACACUACAUGAAGUAUGAUAUUGGUGAAGACAAGAUGACAACUGAUGACAGCUAUUUGUACAUCCAUGGUGGGUGGGAUAAAGAUUUAGGUUUGUUUGGGUACAAAAAUGUUGUGCGUUUGACACAGACUGGGGAAUACAAGGGAAUAUUUUUAAAUAGAAGAAUGUAUAACGAUGAAGUAUAUUUCCUCAGUAUAAACUGUAAAGGACCAAGGUUCGUUGGAAGCCACAAGGAAUGGAAAAGAGAGAAUGAAUUGUAUGUGGAAGGAUAUUUCAUGAUCAACCGAGAAAGCUUCUCUGUUUCUCGUUUACAAACAGACAAAUACUCUGUUCAAGUAAAAGAUAUUGAUAUCUCUGAUGAAGGAAAGAUAGUGGUGUGUGAAAAAGCCAAUAAUGGAAAUGUUAAAAUGUUUAAUAGAUUUGGGAAGUUACUAUGUUACCAAAAUGUUGCAAGUUUUGUUGGUGGUGUGUGUUUUACACAUAAAAGAGACAUAAUGGCCACAGUUCCUAAAAGAAAAGAAAUAUUUCAACUGAGUCGAAAAUAUUUGCAGAAAUAUAAAGUUUGGCAAAGUCGAGUACCUUAUGGUAUAAUAUGGAGAACAAAGGAGGAUAUUUACUGGUGUGUACAUAUUGAAUUGAUUGAAUGUCAUUGCAUAAAGAUUGAUGGGGACCAACUGAACAUUCUGGAAUCUGUGUCUUUAUUAAAUCUUGAUUCUGGUCUUUGUUUCCCUUCCAUUACAUCUCAGAUGAACAAGGAACUAUUGAGUAAAUUGAAUUACAGUGGAGGAGAUAGAGAUAAAGGCAGAAGAAGAGGUAAAUCAGGUAAAAUAAUUGGUAAAGGUAGACUAAAGGUGAGAUGUGAUAAUUACAUAGCAGAGACUAUGUUAGGAUAUGAUGAAAUAUCAGUGAGAAGACUGCCACAUAGAACAGCAAUGGUCUCACUUUCCAUUCCUACAUUCAAUGAACCUGUUAAUUAUGACAUCAGGGACUUAAGGGACUGGAACAGUAAACUAAUUAUGUUAGAUGGCAAUGUCAGUGUCUUGAUGUUUAGAGAAAGUGUCACAUUAAUCAGCACAACUACAGGUGACAUACUUCAACAUAAACAACUACCACAACAACCACCUCUGGACAUAUGUCAGUGGACAGAUGAUCAUUUCAUAGUUGUGUUUGGUAAAGAAAUGAUGGUCUUCAACAGAGAUCUCCGUCGUUUAAAAACCAUCAAAACUGAGAAAUACUACAACAGGAUAUAUAAAUACAACGACAAUCAACUCGUGUGUGGUGGUCAUUAUAUUAGAGACUCCUAUUAUGUCGAUAAAGUUGAUGUCAAAGAUGGGGUAUGUAAAUAUGAAGUGUGUCAUGUGAAGAUGAGAACAUAUGAAAGGUUUGAGGGAGAAGAGGUGGUGGUUGAUGUAGGGGUUACAUCUUUUGGUGAUGUUGUUGUUGUGAAGAGGGAGUGGAAGAAGAACAAGUUUGGAGGGUUGGAUAAUUUGUCUUUUGUGGAAUGGUUCAGGGAAAAGACAUUGGUUAGGAGGAUAAAAUUAGAAGGAAUAAAUUAUCUUCAGGAAUAUGACAUUCAAGGACCUCGUCUAACCAAAAUUGGUGAAUGUGUUUAUAUAACAGAUAAAGAAAACAAUAUUUACCAAAUACCUGGACAUAUUGAACAGCAAACAUCUGAAGACAUUGAAAUUCUGACAUUGAAGGAUAUUCAAAAAUAUUUACUUCUCAGGAAAGAUGACAAUGAAGUUUUCCAGGUUCUUGGUUUUCAUAUUUCAGACGAUUCUUUCAUGGUUUUUGGAAUUAUUCCAGGACGUCAGUCUUUUGCAUUCUUUUAUUAUGACAAAUAAAUAUUUUCAUAAAUAUUAAA